GUCAUCUCGACACUGCAUCGUCCAACGGAGCCCUGGUGCCAGAGGGCCCCCGGUUUAUGCACAACGUGGCAACCGAGUUACCCAGUGUACUCUCGUACAUACGGAUUAAUCCGUACACUUUUUUUUUGGGAGUGAAAGCAACUGAAACAUUUUGACAUCCGGGAACUCCACAGCCCGUCAUGGCCGACAAGCUCGACAAGCUCGACAGCUCCGACCAUGAGGAGGAAGAAGACCUUUUCGCAUCGCCGCCCAACCGGGAGCGGGGUCGAUCAAAGGCGACUGCCAACCAGAGCGCGGUGUUUGAUACCGACGAAUCCCGCGAGGCGGCUCUGCGCAAGGAGUUGGAAGGGGUCAGGAAGAUCAACGAGGUGAUCGAGGGCGUCAUUGGCACUCUCGAGAGGGCCAGGGGGAACAUGAACACCGUUUCUAAGACGGUAGACAAUGCCUCGACGUUGCUGAACACCUGGACACGGAUCCUCUCUCAGACCGAACACAACCAGCGGCUGAUCCUCAACCCGGAGUGGAAGGGCGCAACUCAUGACAUCACCGAGAUGGAGAACGAGGCACAGAGGAAGCAGCAGGAGGCGGAGAGGCGGGCGGCCGAAGCCGAGCAGCGGCGCGAGGAAGCACGGAGGAGGGCCGAAGAGGAGGAGAGGCGGAGGGCAGCGGGUACGGCGACGUCGUCGACUACUUGGGGAGUCGGCCGCGGCGUCACGAGGGGGAGGGUCAGGGGGCUGACGCGCGGGGUGACGAGAGGCGGCACCACCACCUCGUCCUCCUCGUCGUCGUCGCUGCCCACGGCUUACGGCGCAGACACCACGUCGAGCAGCAUCGCAAGCUCGAGGACCACGUCGGGAAUGGCGAGGGGAGGGUUCGGCUACACGAGGGGAGUGCGGUCAAGGGGAGUGAGAUGAGCACGCCUGCCGUCGCUCUGGGGCUGAAAUGAUGUCUUUUUAUGGACCCCAUGCCUUUAAGUGGCGUGACAAAGUCGGUCCGGUCCGGUCCGGUCCUGAACGCCUGUCCCA